UGUAAAGGACGUGGGAAGUCGGAAGGAAUUGGCUGGUCAGAUAUUAUAGAUGAAGCCAAGAAAUUUUUAGAUCCUGUUUAUGAUCAAGUCUUAUCCAGUGCAAUGGAUUAUCAUCAUUGUAUGCUUAUUGUCGUUAGUACAAAGUUAUCAUUGAAUGUUUCUAAUGAGUUGGGUAAUCAGAGUCGUUGUUAUUCCAGUGGAAUGUUUAUUGGAGGUGAUUUUUUCAAAGUACCUGAUAAUUGUGAACUUGUUAUUCUUUGUGAAAGAGAUGUCCAAAUGCUGAUUGACGAAGAAAUAUUGAAUGGACUUGAAAGAGCAUUUCAUGUUUCUCAUAAUCCUACUUUUUGGGAUUUUGGAUUAGAUUUACUUGAUAGAAUCCGUAACAGUUUCUUAAGUUGGCAAUAAAGGCUGGAUUCUCAACUCAAUCGUUCCUUUUGUAGCGUUUUUUUUGAGAAUCAU